AUGCUGAUGUUAGAAUCAAGCCCACGACCGGCAAAUCGAAAUGAGGGAACUAAUCUCACAGCCAUAAGUUCACUAGCACAAAGACUACAUCAACACGUUUAUAACAACGACUACGGCACUGCUCACACCACUCAUAGCAUGAUAGCAGGACAACAAAGCACCACAGGAUCGUCCGACAAUAAUGCCAAGGAACCUAAACCACCAUACGCCAAAGCACAAAAUAAAGGAAAGUCACCUGAAGAUAUGGAUCUUAAUUUUUCCGUUGUUAACUAUAACCAGGAACCUAACAUAGUUCACUACAAAGAUGGAUGGUCAACCGUCGAAGGUAUUACUGGAAAAUUCCUUGGUAAAUGGUUUCUUCCAAAACAAAUGUCACAGGUGGGAACAGACGUGGAAAGAGCUUACUGGAUGCGUAUAAAAAUACUCACUGGAGAAUGUUUAGCAGCUCGGCAGAUGAGGGUUCUGAAUAAUGAUGAAAUAUAUCGUGAGUCAAUCCGAUAUGCAAGAUGUGUGCGCAAAUGGGAUGGUCCAAUAAUUUGGAUUAAAGUGGAAACUAAUGGUGUAGAAGGAUCAGGUGGAACAAAAGUAGAACCUAAAGCAUAUGAUGUACUGGUACGCCUAGGUGAACCGCACGGACAAUGUUAUAGAAAUCAUUUUUACGGGUACUUGUAUUAGCCACCGACAGUUGCA